UUUUCUGAAAGCUGCACAAAAGAUCAAAAGAUCGCAGGACCUCUUUGUGUGCUUCUUCAUUUUCCAAAGUAAAGUCAUUGCUGCAUUUCUAUUCGAGUUGCUCAACGAAACGAACCUGCUCUAGUUUGCUAGUGUGUUGCUGUUGCUGUUGCUGUCGUUGCAAGACAAGACAAGACAAGACAAGACAAGACAAGAAGAAGAAGAAACAACUGUAUCUUUUCUAUUGAUUCGGCAUGGCCAGCACCGAGAUGACUCCUGUUCCUCCCAACGUGGAGACGCCCUCUUCCAGUCGUCCCACGCUGAAACAAUCUCACGAAGGAGAACACCAUGGCGACUAUGGAGGCCAAGAAAUUCCGUUACUGCAAGCCACCAAGGUGUUUGCGCUUUGCGCGGCAGUGAAUUCCUGCAAUCUCGGAUUUGAUAUUGGCGUUUCGACCAGUGUGGGACAAUUGAUUCAAGAAGACUUUGAACUCUCGGACGUUCAGCGGGAAAUCUUUGUGGGCUCGCUCAACUUUUUUGCCAUGUUUGGAGCAUUUGCCAGUAACUACUUUAGUGAUUCCUAUGGAAGACGUCAGACAUUUAUCAUUGCCGCCAUUGGAUUUAUUUUUGGAAUCAUCAUCAUGUCGCUGGCACCCAACUUUGGAAUCUUGAUUUUUGGACGUGUCUUUGUUGGGUUGGGAGUGGGAGUUGGAAUGGCGGUCGAUCCAGUGUACAUUAGUGAAAUCUCGCCGGCCAAACACCGAGGUCGCUUGGUAACGUGGAGUGAAAUUGCCAUUAAUGCCGGUAUCGUAUUGGGAUUUUCCAUGGGCAUUUUCUUUGCCGAUAUCAAUACGGGAGCACAGUGGCGCAUCAUGUUGGCCAUGGGCAUGAUCUUGCCCUCGGUCAUGAUUUUCUUGGUCAUUAAUGUCAUGCCCGAAUCGCCCCGUUGGUUUGUCAGUCAGGGCAUGGAAGCGGAAGCCAAGACGGUCCUAGAACAAGUCUAUCCACCCAAUUAUCCCGUGACUGAAAUUGUCGAUGAUAUCAAAGAAGCAUUGGAACGAGAACGAAUUGCCGAACAAACUCUGGGAUGGAGUGUCAUUUGCAGUCCCACUCCUGCCUUUCGUCGCAUGCUCAUUGUCGGUAUUGGAACGGCCGUUGCGCAACAAGCGGUUGGAAUUGAUGCCCUACAGUACUAUCUGACGGAUGUCUUGGAAACGUCGGGAGUCGAAAGUAAUCGCAUGCAAUCCUUCAUCAUGGUCAUUUUGGGAGGAGUAAAAUUGGCCGUCAUUUUUGUCAGUGGAUCGCUCUUUGAUACCCGUGGACGUCGUCCCCUCUUUUUCGCGUCCUUGCUUGGAAUGGCCGUGGCAUUAUUGGCUCUCAGCAUUAUCUAUUGGACCAGCGACAAUGACAAUCCCAACGCGGUACUCCUUACCAUUGUCAUUGCCAUUUAUUUGGCUUGUUUCAGUUUUGGUAUGGGACCGGGGGCUUGGUUGGUACCCUCCGAAGUCUUUGCCACCAGUAUUCGUGCCAAGGCCAUGAGUAUCGCCACGACACUCAAUCGAGCGACGGCCUGUCUCAUGAGUUCCACCUUUCUCUCCACCAAAAAUACAUUGACGUGGGCGGGAUUCUUUUUGUUAAUGGUCUUUGUCUGUCUGAUUGUCUGCGUCUUUCUCUACUUUUACCUGCCCGAAACCAAGGGACGAUCCCUGGAAGACAUGUCUGUCUACUUUGCCGAAAUUACCGGGGAUACGUCUAUUUUGGAGGCGGAAAAGAAAUUGCGGGGAGACGAAGCACAGGCAGUUCUGGACGGUGCCGAAACACCAACGGGAAAUGCGGCAGAGCAAGAAGCGUCUGCUACUCAAGAGGGUGGUACUCUGACGUGAGCAUAAGAAAACAACAACCAACUAUUUGCAUGCCAAGGAAUACGAACACCACAAACUACAAACAAACAAUUGACAAUCGACAGCAGCAAUCCCUCCCUCAUAUCUAAGGAUAUGAUGUUUCUAGUUUUUUCCCGUAGUUGACCAACUUUUUCUUUUUAUCUAUAGUUGGGUAUACAGUGUAUUGUUGCUCUUCUGUUCAUUUUGAUUGUGGGACUGUAGUUGAAUGAUUGAAGGCAAUCCAAAGUGGCCAACGAUGUGCAUAUUCAUGGGUCUGGAACACCAACAAAUCUUCCUUUGAUCUACGGCCAAUAUUUCUAAUCGAUUCUCCAAAAAACAAACCUGAUCCUGCUACCGUUGUCGGAUCCUACUAUCGGGCGAUGAGAGUGGCGAAGAAAGUGGGGAGCUGAUCAUGGGUCGUUUCAUGGCCAGAGCCAAACUCCCUCGUAGUUUCUUGAUCACCUCUCGUUGCUUCGCCAAUGUCACUUCCAAGGUUUGAAUAUCAUUUUUUCUCCUUAGCUCUGCCAUUUUCUCUUUCCGCUUCAAUUCCAUUUCCAUAUUGUAGUAUGUAACCGAAACGCCCACGCAAAGGCCCAAAAAGCCAACACCAAUGGUAGCAAUGUAUUGCAUGGAAGACGGCAUUUUUCUAGGUAGUGUGUAUCUUUCAGCAGAGAAAAGUCAACGUACAGUAACCAACUUUUCUGAUUGGAUGGAUGGGGCAGUACUCUGUGUUGGGUAUCCUUGAUGAGGCAACACACUACUCUGCGAUCGAAGAAUGAGGCUCCCCGAUCUUUUCGGCGAAAGCCGAAUGCUUUUGUUGAGAAGACGCGACGCCAUCGGCGAUGCGAGAGGUGCGGUCGCCCAAUUUGGUGACAUUUGCAGUUCUCGCCCUGCUCUUGAAACAUUCGAGACUCAAAGGUUUAACAGAAAUGCUGUAUCUUUGAUAGCUCAUAAUUAAAGAGACGUCAACCAAUUCCAUUAAUGAAUUCGCCGACGCUUUCGUUUUCUAUUUCCCGACGAACUUGGCACGCAGUCAUCUGUCACGCCAAG